UUAAUUCAUCACGCAUCAUGCCAAACUAUAACACUAGAGAGUAUCAGAACAUUCAUUCAGAAUUUGGUCAGAAGAUGUGAUAGGGCCAAAUAUGAAUAUAAUUAGGCUAACACUGUAAACUUCGCACUACAAAAAUUCUUCUGAUACUUUUGAUUUGAAAGGGAACGCUGCGUUUCAUCCCACAACGGCGCAAACGCCUUCUUCCAUCCGCGCUAAUCAAGCAAAAUACCAAAAGAAAGAAAACUCCACUCAUGAUAUCAAUCAUAUCGGAAAAAAUGCUCCAACACAUUUCACUACAAUAAUACACGGUAAGACAACCAAAGUUUGGCAUUGGCAUUCAUGUAUCCCAACAAAAAGCAAGAAUAAUUACUCGGUUAAAACGCAAAUACACAACCCCGCGUUUAUUGUAUAUUUAGACACUGACGCUAUUUCCAGCCAUCCCUGGACCAGGCAGCUGAACAUGUAGUUGGAUUGAGUUACAUGAAAAGCACAUGGCACUGCCGCAAAGUUUCAUGUCCUCACAACAACUGAGGCUGCAAAACAUUUUUGCAAAGGAUACAAGCGGACCAAGCGCUUCAAGAUGGUGAUGCUGGAUGUGUUGAUAAUUGGGGGCGGGCCUCACGCCUUGACUCUGGCCAGCAUGCUAUCACCCUUGUACCCCAAACACAACUCCAAUCCAGGACGAGAGUCACACCUGCCCCCAUCCCACACUGAAACACCAAGACUUGAGCUCGACCACAAAACCAUUACCGGGCAAACCGAUGACAACACAAAGAGGGAGGUAACAAAUGCAGAAGGCGUCAUGUGGCCGUCAGCCAUCACCCUCCAAGUGGUUGACACUUAUGGAGAGUGGACUUCUUUGUGGAAGAGUCAAUUCACAGCCCUGAACAUCCCUCAUCUGCGCUCGCAUACACUCGUGCACACGGACCCUGCCGACAAGAAAGCACUGCAGGAGUUUGUGAUGAGGCACAAUCGUUCCACUGAGCUGCAUAGUCUCUCCGACCGAGUGCGUAUUCUGGAUGACAACGCUUUCUUCAAUGACACGCGGCUCGGAAGCAAAGAGCGAAAACGUCUGAAUGUCUCCUUCAACCUGAAGAACACUUUGUCCUUCAGUCUGCCAGGAACUCAACUGAGUGUGGAUUUCUUUAAAGCUCAGGUGGAGAAAUACAACUUGGACAAAGUCCUUGUGAAGGGAACUGUUACCCGCAUCUCUGCGGUGACUGAAGAUGACCAAAUGUGCCAAAAGGACAACACAAUAAAUGGAAAUGCUUUAAGACAAGGAGGUGGGAAGAAGAAAAGAGUGAAACAUUUCCAAGUCCAUCUUGAAGAUGGCGUCGUGGUCAAAGCUCAACAGUUGGUAAUGGCAACAGGGCCCACCCGUGCCCAGAUGGCAAACAUCCCGCAGUGGGUAACUCAGAUCGAGGAGAGCUAUCCAGACGAGCGCCUGCAACACACUGUGCACCUCAUGCACUCGCUAUCAAGGAGCCAGCAAAACCUCAAAGACACUUGUGAUUUCACACAAGGCUCAUGUGCGGUGUGUGAGGCAGGCCAGAGAGUAAUGGUAGUUGGAGGAGGUCUGACCAGCGCUCAUGUCGUCUCCAUCGCACUGCAGCAAGGGGCCAGUCAUGUGACAUGGCUCAUGAGAAAGCACCUGCAGAUAAAACAGUUUGAUGUGGGCGAUGUGGAAAGCCUGGUGGGUCGUUACUCCCAUGUGGAGCAUGGCAUCAAGAUGGAUGGCCAAGCCUUCCUCAGACAGUUCUUUAAUGAAAGGAGUCUUCACAAGCGACUGGCUAUGAUUCGUCAGGCAAGGAAAGGAGGUGCUGUCACCCCAGAGGCCUACAUCCAAUUGCAGCCAUUUAUUUUGAAAGGACAGGUGGCUGUGAAGACGUAUUGUCAGGUGAGUGAAGCCAGCUGGUGCUACAAGGAUCAAACCUGGAGGCUGACCCUUAGCAAUGGAGACCACUGGAUAGGAGACAUGAUUUGGUUGGCCACUGGGUGUAAACUUGAUGUCAAACAGGACCCUUUGCUCUCUGAAGUGAUGAAGGAGUUCCCGAUACAGGUGCUGGAUGGCUGGCCAUGCAUAUCAGAGACUUUACAGUGGGCAGAGGGGUGCCCUCUUUACUUGAUGGGGCAGUACACCGCUCUUCAGGUUGGACCUCAUGCAGUAAACCUGGCAGGUGGACAGGCAGCCAGCAUGAGAAUUGCCAAGCACAUCCUGCGCCAUCACAGCAACAUGAAAGUGACUGAGCUGAGAGCAGGGAGAUCUAAAACUGAAGAAUAUAUUCAGCAAAUGCAAGGACUUUUAUGGCUCUAACUACAUUAUGCAUGCAAACGUGAGCAUGUUCAUGAAGUGUGGAUUUUUUUUCCAUUUUUAAAUUCCAGUGACCUAUGGUUAAGAAUAUUCUCAAUAAUCGUUGACAUGCAUGUUUCUGUAGGAAUCUGCAAAUAUGUUAAGAUUUAUUAUACAUUUUAUGUUACAUUUAAUGUACUGGAUGAAACUGUUUUGUUUAAAUUUACGUUCUGGUGACGGAUUAAAAUCUUUGGACAAGAAA